GUCGAUUUUGCUUGUAAUCGAAACAUAACCUUAUUUCGUGCAGAAUCAAGAACGUCAUCUUCGUGAAUAGUACGUUAAAUAAAGAGUGCUGUGUGAAUAAUUAAAACGAUUUAAUAAGUGCAGAAAUGCCAGACCAUUUAGGAGAAGAUAUGCGAAAGGUGAAAAAUGAGGAGGAAAAAGAAGAGAAAGAGAUAAAAUCAUUGGAUGAAGGCGACAUUGCUUUGUUAAAAACUUAUGGUCAAGGACAAUAUACAAAAUGUAUUAAGGUUGUCGAGGAAGAUAUUCAAACAAUCAUCAAACGUGUGAAUGAAUUAACUGGAAUUAAAGAAUCAGAUACUGGCCUAGCGCCACCAGCACUUUGGGAUUUAGCUGCUGAUAAGCAGACUCUGCAAAAUGAACAACCCCUCCAAGUAGCACGUUGUACCAAGAUUAUAAAUGCGGAUUCUGACGAUCCAAAGUAUAUAAUAAAUGUUAAGCAAUUUGCAAAGUUUGUUGUUGACCUAGCAGAUUCCGUAGCACCCACUGAUAUAGAGGAAGGCAUGAGGGUGGGAGUGGAUCGUAACAAAUAUCAAAUUCAUAUUCCAUUACCAUCUAAAAUCGAUCCUACUGUGACAAUGAUGCAAGUGGAGGAGAAGCCCGAUGUUACCUACAGCGACGUCGGCGGUUGCAAGGAACAGAUUGAGAAGUUACGAGAAGUUGUUGAAACACCAUUGUUACAUCCGGAAAAAUUCGUCAAUUUGGGCAUUGAACCACCAAAAGGAGUUUUAUUGUUUGGGCCACCUGGUACAGGAAAAACUCUGUGUGCCAGAGCAGUGGCUAACAGGACGGAUGCCUGUUUCAUACGUGUAAUCGGCUCAGAAUUGGUGCAAAAAUAUGUCGGCGAGGGUGCUCGAAUGGUCAGAGAACUGUUCGAAAUGGCGCGAAGUAAAAAAGCAUGUUUGAUAUUCUUCGACGAGAUUGACGCGAUUGGUGGUGCACGUUUUGAUGAUGGCGCGGGGGGCGAUAAUGAAGUGCAAAGAACCAUGCUCGAGCUGAUCAAUCAAUUGGAUGGAUUCGAUCCACGCGGCAACAUAAAGGUCUUAAUGGCGACCAACAGACCGGACACGCUGGAUCCUGCGCUGAUGCGGCCGGGCCGUCUCGACAGAAAAAUCGAAUUCGGCUUACCGGAUCUUGAGGGACGUACACACAUCUUCAAGAUCCAUGCGCGCUCGAUGAGCGUCGAGAGGGACAUCAGAUUUGAACUGCUCGCACGUCUUUGCCCGAACAGCACCGGCGCUGAAAUUCGUUCCGUUUGCACGGAGGCUGGUAUGUUCGCAAUUCGCGCGCGCCGCAAGGUCGCCACAGAAAAGGACUUCCUCGAGGCAGUCAACAAGGUCAUCAAGUCAUACGCCAAGUUCUCCGCGACACCCAAGUACAUGACCUACAAUUAAAGUGCGAUCCUCCCCGAUAAGUUUGUCAUUAGAUAGAACUUAGAUGUAAUUAUUUCUAUCGAUUGGAAGAUAAAUCAGAAAGCAACUGUGUCUUUGAACAAAAUAA